AUGAGUUUUCGAGAGAAAGUACGGAAGGUGUUUCGAGGGCACAAAUCGAAGCAAUCCGUAUCAGGAAUCAAGAUCGAAUACUAUAGACGUGGCGAGGUUCCGCCAUCGAAGUUCAAGGGUCCUUUCGACAAGGAACACCAAAAACGACUGGCCGCAUGGUCCUUUGAAGAAGCUCAAAAGGAUCGUCGACGAUCCCUCGAUCUAUCCCUGUCGCCUUGUACGACAUUACCGGACUACGUUGAUUCCCGGGGAGUUGCCGACACGGCUUUAGACCAGGCUCGGUCCCGGAUACCGAAGAGGAAUCUGUCUCAUGGAGCGUCUCCAGCAGCCUACCACGACGAAUUUAUCCAAGAUCGACAGGCAACCGAAGGGUCGCUCUCUUCAACCACAGCGGUUGAUCCAGAGAGUUUUAGUGACUCUACCAUGACACUUUUCCUUGACCCUCUCGAUGAAGACCCGGUAAUGAAGGGCAAAACCCCAGUCCGCAACACCUCGCCGAUGAUUCGAUCGGUCACCACGCCACCCCUUCCCACCAAGGGAAUACCCAUGCCAUUCGCCGCCGAUGAUCUAACCCGAGCGUUGAACGCGGUUCAGAUCUGUUCGUAG